AUGGGGCUGCUCAAGGUGGGCAAGCCUUUGUUAUGGAAGGACAGCAAGGAGCACAACAACUACAUCCGCAAGCACGGCGUGCAGCAGUUCCUCAAGACGCUCGACAGGACGGUCACCCUGUCGGGAGACCACCUGUACUACGGUGACGAGGUCGAGUACGCCCUCUGCAAGCUGGAUCCGGUCGGGCGCGUUGUGAAGCUCUCGCUGCGAGCUGACGAGGUGUUGGCGAAGUUGCGGGAGCGGGAGCAGACCAACACCCAGAAAGUUGGCUGCACCUGGCACCAGGAGUAUGGCAGCUGGAUGGUGGAGGCCACGCCGUCCGCCCCGUACGGGGGCUACACCAGCAGCCUGCUCGAGGUGGAGCAGAACAUGCGGCUGCGGCGCUCGCGGCUGCUGUCCGUGCUGGAGGCAGACGAGAUCGCGCCCACCAUGACGGUCUUCCCGCUGAUGGGCUGCGGCGACUUCGUGUCGCCGCCGGCGCCCCCAGGCGGGCCGGCCUCCUCCUCCGCGACGGUGCCCGACGCGUGCAUCAACAAGCACCCGCGUUUUCCGACGCUCACGGCGAAUAUCAGGUCGCGUCGGGGCAGCAAGGUGGAUAUACGAGUGCCAACUUACAAGGACGAGGCCACCACUGAGGAGUACGCCACGGGCGAUUGCAUGGCGUUCGGCAUGGGCUGCUGCUGUUUGCAGGUUACGUUUCAGGCGGCCGACGUGAACGAGUCGCGAUACCUCUAUGACCAGAUGGCGGUAAUCGCGCCCAUCAUGAUGGCGCUUACGGCGGCGACGCCGAUCUUUGCAGGGCGCCUCACCGCUAACGAUGUACGCUGGAACAUCAUCUCUGCAUCGGUUGACGAUCGCACGCCUGCAGAGCGUGGCCUGCAGGUUGAGUGCAAGCCGGACCCUGCGAUGGUGGCGGGCGGCACGCGGUUGCUCAGCAAGAGCAGAUACGAUUCCAUCUCAAGCUACAUAUCUGAUUACCCGGAGGAUCUGGACAAGAUGUACCAUGACAUUCCCUGCGAAGUGGACGAGGAGACGAAGCGCCAGCUUGUUGAGGAGGGCGUCGUCGAGCCGCUCGCCAGGCACGUGGCGCACCUGUUCACGCGCGAUCCCCUGGUGGCGUUCGAGGGUGCCGUGACCGAGGUGGACGACGAGACAUCCACGGAGCAUUUCGAGAGCAUCAAUUCCACAAACUGGCAGUCCAUGCGCUGGAAGCCGCCCCCGCCACCCUCGGACAACGGCGUCCACAUCGGCUGGAGGACCGAGUUUCGGCCAAUGGAGGUGCAGUUGACCGAUUUCGAGAAUGCGGCAUUCACUGCCGUCACCGUGCUCUUGUCAAGAGUGCUACUGGUGUUCAAUCUCGACGUGUUGAUUCCGUUAUCGAAGGUGGACGAGAACAUGAAGCGCGCGCACCAGAUGGGGGCCGUGAACGCUCAGAAGUUCUGGUUCAGGAAGCAUGUUCUGCCUUACGGUGAUUGUGUUGGGUGCGGGUCAAUUGAUUUGCCCGAAGGCGAUGAUAGUGAAGAGAUGACAAUGGACGAGAUCAUGAAUGGAAAAGGGGAGUACUUCCCUGGGUUGAUCCAGUUGUGCUACGCGUACCUGGAGCACAUCGCUUGUGAUGCGACCUCUUUCGCGCGCAUCCACCAGUACCUCUCGCUGAUCAGGAGGCGGGCGAGCGGCGAACUCCUCACCCCCGCGUCGUGGAUGCGGAAGUUUGUGCUUCAGCACCCCGAGUACAAGAAAGAUUCCGUCAUCACACCAGGCGUUGCUGUGGAUCUGAUGACGGCGUGCGACGAAAUCGGGCGAGGUCUGCGGCCAUGCAAGGAGCUGCAUGGCGACGUGGUCAUCGAGCCUGUCAUGAAAGAGGGCCUCUACCUCACCCCGCUUAGCAGCGAGCCCAGUGCAGCUGCGCGCUGUUCCCUCCUGAAGAAGCUGCGCGCUCGGGCGUGCACGGAGGAUGGUGCUUUCUCGAAGCCGUCGGCCCCGAUGGUCCGCCGGUGUGGCAGCCAGAGCCCCCGGCAAAGCCCCCGGGCCUCCGUGGUAGAGCCGCCCAAGUUCAUGAUGGGCGAGGAGAUCGAGAUGACGGGCGACACGGCGCUGCUAGAGAAAGAAGCACGUGCCAGCACCCAACCGAGCGAGACGCCUGUUGCGGUGUUUGAGCCGCCCCUGCGCUAG